UUUAACUUGUCUUCUUUUAUGCCACAUUAUAUAAAUAGUAGGUUUCUAUAAGAUAUGUUUUGUAUUGCAGAAAAAUAUAAUUUUCAUGGAGGGGUUAAUUCCAUAUCUGAUUCAUGCUAUCAAGAAAGACCAUAACCGUGAUCAUCAGAUGUAUCGAUCCAUGUCUGUAGGAUCGAGCCGAAGCUAUCGACCAUUAAUGAUGGGACAAGAAGGUGAAGGAUCUUCUUCAGUACAUGGAUCUUCUCACCGUCGAACUAGAUCAGAGUACAAUCCACCUGUUGUAAUGGAUAUGUUUGAUCAGAGAUCUUCAGGUUUUGGUCAAAAAUUUGUGAAUAAAGAUUCCUCUUCUCAAGAUAUAGCAACAAAGACUUAACUUGCAUGGAGUUGUUGAUUUUAUGAACAAAAAAAUGCUGUUGAUUGCUUGGCAGUCAAGGAAGAAGUAUCCACAUUAGGGCUUUUGAUCAGAAGAAAAGC